CGCCAUGCGAUUCUUGGUUACGUGAUGACGUGGGCUGAAAGAUUUCCAGUGGAACUCGGAAGAGAAGCGACUGUUGUAUUCUAAAUCAAGAGAUAGAAAUGAAAUCGAAGAUCUAGACCUCUGGCUGCCAUGGAGUCUGAGGGGAAUGUGCUCCGUGUGGACUUCCCAAACUUCUCCGGAACCAUGCUGCAGAAGCUCAACCAGCAGCGGCAGAGGGGCCAGCUCUGUGACAUCAUCGUAGUCAUCCAGGGACACCAGUACCGUGCUCACCGGGCCAUCUUGGCCGCCAGUUCGCCCUACUUCUGCGACCAAGUGCUCCUUAAAAACAGUGCCCGCUGCGUUUUACCUGACGUCAUGCACCCGUGCGUGUUCGAACGUCUCCUCCUCUCUUGCUACACGGGCACCCUGCACCUACCUGCCGGCGAGGUGGUAGCUUUCCUCACGGCAGCUAGCUUCCUCCAGAUGUGGCACGUGGUGGACAAAUGCACUGAGCUCUUAGAGGUGGUAGGAAGCGGCGCUAGCACAUUAGUGCACAAGUCUUCUGGUGGGCUGAGGGACAGGCCUUUCCCUGGGGACAGUAGCUACCACAGCCCUGGGGACGGCUCCAUGGGCCUGGAGGAUGGUGGAGGAGGAGGAGCAGUAGAGGGCUUUGCCAAAAUGGAGAUGGACCAGCUCCUGGAGAACAGCUUCUCCCCUCCCACUCUGGAGAACAACAGCACCCAGCCCAGCGGAAGCUGCUCGCCACCGGUCGACCACGAUGGCUCAGGUAGUGAGGUCGCCAGCCAGGAUGGGGACGUUGAAGAGGGUGGCGAGGGGGACUACCAGUACUCCAGACCUGCCUAUGUCCCACCCAGUAUCAUGGGCCACAGGAAAUGGGUCCACGUAAAGUCAGAAAGGCGCGCAGAUUGCAAGGGCGACGGGGCCCUCUUUAGCGGGGACCCUGCGGUCACUGACCCUGAGCAGCUGAAACUUACCCACUCCCAGGCCUCAGCCAGCAGGAGCUCCCUGGACCACGGCAUUGAUGAGAAACCGGUGGCUCAGCUGGAGGAGAGCCUGGAGGAGGAUCCUCUGGACUUCUACGGUACCUCCAUAGAGGGCUUCUCCACCGACAAGGCCGACGGGACACCGCUUGGACUGAAAGAUAACCUGCUAGAAGGGGCAACCGGAGUUGAGGAGAGUGGUGGUGGAGGAGAAGGAACCCCUGGUGGCCUCCAGGAAGAGACCUCCCACUCGGGCUUCGCCUCAGUGGUCUACAAGCUGUAUCCCUGCCAGUGUGGCAAGAGCUUCACUCACAAGAGCCAGCGGGACCGGCACAUGAGCAUGCACCUGGGCUUGCGGCCGUACGGCUGCGCCGUGUGUGGCAAAAGUUUCAAGAUGAAACACCACCUGGUCGGCCACAUGAAGAUUCACACGGGCGUCAAGCCCUACGAGUGCAGCCUGUGUGCCAAGCGCUUCAUGUGGCGGGAUAGCUUCAACAGACACACGUCCUCCUGCACCAGGGUCCAUCAGGCCCGGUGCGCCGUCAACGAGCAGGCCGCCCAGAUCUGCUGAUCUCAGAUGUUAUUUCCAAACCACCAUUCACCCCCCACCACUAUCCCAUAUCAGUUUCACUGAAUAGGCUGCUCAGAUGUGCCUGUCCCGGGAUCAGAUUAAGACAGUGCUGCUUGGAUGACCACCUUCCAAUCAGUUUAGCUGGAUUUAGAGUUAUAUAUCCGAGCAGCGGCCUGAGCCACCGACGCAUCACAUAUAACUGAUCCAAGAUCAGAAUCCUGGAAAGCUUUGUAGUCUGGUCAGAUCUGCUAGUGUGGAAUCAGAACCUUAGGUCCUGCGGUGUGUGGACUGCUAUACAGGGCAUUCUGAAAGUAUUCAGACCCCUUGACUUUUUCCUAAUUACGUUACGUUUCAGCCUUAUUCUAAAGUGUAUUAAAUUGUUUUUUUAGUCCCCUUAUCAAUUUACACACAAG